CUUUGACCCUGCAUUCGGUCGUCCCUCCGUGCCUUAGUGAAAGAAAAAACACAGGAGUGUAACCCAAGCCUCCACCGGGCCUCUCUUCCUCCUCUUCCUCCUCUUCCUCCUCCUCCCGGUUGAUCUGACACUUCUCCUAAACAUAACCAUGUGGAGUCUCUCUCCAGCCCUCUUUCAAAACAGGACCGCUAUGAGCUAGGCAACUUGUCACCAUGCCCUGAUUUCAGUUAAUUCUCUUCGCUGCGUUACCUCUCCUCUGUGUUUUUGAACCUCCAUUUUGUCUUCUUUCUCCCGACUCCUGUCAUGUAUUCUUUGGAGGGCCAAAACGCCGACACUGCACAUUUGGUUGAGUUGAGACCUGAAUCUUUUGGACUGUUGGACAUCUGAUUUACUUUAGGACAAAGCCUUAGUACUGAGCAGCAUGAGCAUUCAUGUUGAGUCCUUUUUUUGGCCAACCAGUGUAGUCCAAUAUUUUAUCUUUUACCUUCUGGUUUUGGUCUCCAAUGUGGAAGUUUCUUAAAACGUUCAUUCUUCCUACUGACCAUCAGAUGGCGACUCAUCUUGAGGUCUGAGUGUAUAGAAAUGAUUUGACUUAUUCCAUCUGAACCUUGUACACAUGAGUUUAUGGUCUCAAACUUUUUCUUCAGUGAUGUUCACGUAGUAAGUGAUGGUCCAUCUAGAGUCAAACACACCAAACCUGACUGCACCUGGCUCCACCCUCUCUCUUUCCUCCUGGUUUUGGUGAUGACCAAAACUGUAGAAUCCCAGACUUCACGACAGCAGUGUGCAAUAUAUCCCACUGACUAUGGUUACACAAUUUGUCAGCCGACCUGAAAACUUUUAAAACGCUAUAAUUUCACAAUUGCACCUCUCUUCUUACUGGUCUCAGCUUCUGUUGGGCAGAUGCGUUGCUUCCCGCUCUCACUUGGACGGCAGGAUACCGCUAAAUCUUUCUGCAUUUGUUAUCCUUCAUCAUUUUACCAAUCGCUUUGUCAUUGUAAAGGAGACUUGAAAACAUCUCUGAUUUUAAAAGGCAUUUUUUCCAGAAAUACUUUUAUCCACAAACACACGGUUUAAUUCAAUCAGACCACAACAUUUUUUCCACAACAUUUUUCACAUUUUCUGGGCUAAAGUGGAUUACACCCUUCCAUCGUCACUGUGAUUUGUGGUCAGAUGUUCCUCUGUUCUUGGAGAACGAGUUCAAUUGCAGCAUUUUCUCUGCUCUGCCACAUUUUCCCCCGUUAGAAGAAAGAAGUCUGAACUGUCUUCUAGAAACUCUCCGCGUGCUCCUCUACAACCUAUUACUCUCCCUGUUCUGCCUGUUCUGCUCCUCCUGCAGUCUUCCCCCUUUCCCUCCUGUGUGUGUGUGUGUGUGUGUGUGUGAGGUUUCUUUCGGGUUGGAGGAGGGGAGGUUUUUUAUUUGCCGUGCAGUCGGACGAGGGAGGUCGUCUUACAGACCAGAUAUGGAGGCUGAAAGAAAAAGUUUUCCCAACACUUGGAAACUUUACUUGUUGUGCUACUAAUCGAAGGGGAGAUGGACCAGGGAGGAGAUCUACUCUUUCUGCCUCAUGCUUGAGAAGCUGCCGGCUCUUUUUCGCAUGGCUUGGAGGAGGCUAUACCUGUGAAUAAACUGCUUGGACGGCAUUUUUUUGACCACAAAGGACAAAUAACCAGAGGAUUACAUUGUCAGGAUCUGCUGUGUUUGAGCUUAACAGUGUGUGGCAUGUGGUUCUACCUCUGAAAAUACAGUACAUGGACCUCGGAGGGGUUUAGCCGUUACCACAGCAUUGGCAUGUUGGACUGUCCGGCUUAUUAACGGCGCUUAUCCUGCAGACCUUUGUCUUGUUUGUUUUUUCUUCUCUCGAAGACUCUUCCUCGUAUCUCGUCAUUCAUCUCUCCUUUGUGUGCUCUGGAGAAGGAGGAGCUCAGGACCAAAAACACCAUAUCGCCUUUUUUUAUGAGCCUAUAAGAGCCAUUUUGAUUUGUUGACUGCAUCCCCUCCAUGGAUCCACUCUGAGCCGAUCAGAACCACACCGCCAGUCAGCGAUGGACUGCACGGCGGCGAUCUUGAAAGCGUGCGCCCGCUCCAGGACCAAGUGGUGUCGGCAUGAGCGGUCCUCCGUCCGUCGCCCCGGGAGACCAGCAGGGGGCUGCAGCUGUAGCGGCAAUGUCGCUGCAGUGAGGGUCGGCGGGCGUGCUUCUUCCCUCCUGCAGCACAUGCUGUUUUACGCUUGCUGCUGUCUGUCCCACGAGGACGGCUCUGACCGAUGCCCGGAAUGGUACCACCGUCCCAGUGGUGCACAGGGGGGAGGGAAGCGUGAGGAGGAAGGUGAGGACCAGGAAUUAGGACCCCCGCCCUCAGUGGACGAGGCGGCCGAUGCUCUGAUGACCAGGCUGGGCUUCCUGCUGGGGGACAAGAUAAUCAGCGGCGAGCCGGGCUCUUCUUACCACGCCCAGGAUGAUGGACAGAGGAUCUCUCCUUCCUCCAGCCUGGCUAGUAGCACCACCUCCCCUUGCUCAACACUGCAGCCUCCUGCUGGCGGGGAGGGCCACACCAACGACAAGCAUGCCUCCCCCCACCAUGCCUCCGUCACCUCCCCCAACUCAACACUGGAGAGCAGAGACAGCGGCAUCAUAGCCACGUUGACCAGCUGCACUGCUGAGUCGGCAGCAGAGCGGGACGAAAGCGGCAAGCAUCCUGCCGACGGUUACCACGGCAGCAGCCUGAAUCUCUGGCAGCAAGGGGGGCGGCAGGUGGUGGCCUCCAACUCCUCUUCUUGUAUGGUAGCAGCAGGAAGCAUGAAUGACGGCUUCCUGAACCGGGUGGAGGAUACCAUGGCUGCUUCCACUUACAGCCUCAACAAACUCCACCCAGACAGAGGGCCUGGCUCCGCCCGCUCAUCAGGCUCCACCCACUCUAUCCCUCUGUACCUCAUGCCCCGCCCUAAUUCCGUUGCUGCCACCAGUUCUGCCCACCUCGAAGAUCUGGCCUAUCUGGAUGAGCAGCAGAGACACAUCCCUUCUAGGACGUCCCUCAGAAUGCCCAGGCAGAAUUCUGGGAGUCGUGGUCAACAGGACCACAGAGUGUGUUUCACUCCCUCCCUCAACCUGAAGCCCCUCCACUUUGAGGUUCCGGGUCUCUCUUCUGAUUGGCUGUUCACCGGCAGGGAAUGGCUCUUCCAAGAAGUGGACGCCUGUCUUCGAAGUGGCGACCCGGCGACAAGUCGGGGCGUGGUGAUCGUUGGCAACAUGGGCUUCGGCAAAACGGCCAUCGUCGCCCGGCUGGUGGCGCUCAGUUGUCAUGGGAACCGCAUGCUGCCGCCCGCCGCCGGCAACCAGACCUCUGCUAAAUAUGCAGAGGCCGAGUCCUACUCCCGCGACUCCCUGGGGAGAGGAGGAGGAGGAGGGGGAGACGAAGGAGGGGGAGGAAGCUGUCCGGGGACUCCAGAGAUGAGGAAGAGACAAGAGGACGCGCUGAGGAGGCUCGCAGCACAGGUCGUCGCGUAUCAUUUCUGUCAAGCUGAUAACUGUCACACCUGCCUGGUGCCGGAGUUCGUCCACAACAUGGCGGCGAUGCUGAGUGACGCCCCCCAGCUGUCGGCCUUUCGGGAGCUGCUGCACCGCACGCCGCAGCUGCAGAGCACGCUCAGUCUGCGCUCCUGCAUCCAGGAUCCCAGCUCAGCCCUGCAGAGAGGAAUACUAGAACCCCUGGACGCUCUCUACAGAGAGAGGAAGUUGCACGUGGACGGGGCGGGACUCAUAGUACUGAUUGACGGGCUGAACGAGGCCGAGUUUCACCGGCCGGACUACGGCGACGCACUGACUUCCUUCCUUUCCCGAAAUGUCCGGAAAUUUCCCCCUUGGCUGAAGGUCAUAACCACCGUCAGGACCGGUCAGCAGGACAUUGCUCGUUCUCUACCUUUUCACUGCAUCUCUCUAGACAGGAUGGAGGAGAACAACGCCAUAGAUCAGGACCUGCAGGGUUACUUGAUGCAGCGUAUCCACAGCAGCACGGAGAUCCAGAGCAACGUGUCGCUGGGCAAUGGUCGCCUGGACAACGCGGCGAUGGCCAAGCUGAUCAGCCACCUGAAGAGCCUGAGUAGGGGCUCCUACCUCUACCUGAAACUGACCCUGGAUCUGAUCGAGGGGGGAUACUUGGUCCUGAAGAGUUCCAGCUUCAAGGUGGUCCCCGUGAGUCUAGCAGAGGUCUACCUGCUGCAGCUCAACAUGCGCUUUCCCACACAGUCGUCUUUUCAGAGAGUUCAGCCGCUGCUCAACGUUACUGUGGCGUCGCUGCACCCGCUGACCGACCAGCAGCUGUUUGAGGUGGUGAACGCCGGCGCCCUGACCGGGGGGACGCUGCACUGGGGGGAGUUUGCGCACCGCCUGGAGCAGCUCUCCUCCUUCCUGCUGCGGCGGAGCGACGGCAGCAGGAUGCUAAACCACGCCUCCUUCAGGGAGUGGCUGAUGUGGCGAGAGGAGGGUCAGGACGACAGGUUCCUCUGCGACCCCAGGAGCGGUCACACCCUGCUGGCCUUCUGGCUCUGCCGGCAGGAGGGGAAGUUGAACCGCCAGGAGACGCUGGAGCUGGGACAUCACAUCCUGAAGGCUCACAUCUACAAGGGUCUGAGUAAGAAGCUCGGGGUUUCCUCCUCAGUCCUGCAGGGGCUGUGGCUGUCCUACAGCACGGAGAGCCUGAGCCCUGCUCUCUCAUCGCUGCGUAACCUUUACACCCCCAACAUCAAGGUGAGCAGGUUGCUAAUCAUGGGCGGGGCUGAUGUGGAUUUCCGUUGCGAUGUCCUCAACAACGCCCCCCUGCUGUGUGUCCACGCUCACCUGGGCCACAGUGAUGCCGUGGCGCUGCUGCUCGACCUCGGAGCUCAGGUGGAUGCCCAGUCACAGGAGGGUGUGACCGCGCUGGGAUUCGCCGCCGCCGCAGGCCAUAUGGACAUCGUCACCAUGCUGAGUCAGCACAGCGCUAAGGUGGGCCACGUGGACAGCUCGGGCCGCUGCGUGCUCGUGCACGCCGCCCAGCGGGGCCGCCUCGACGUGCUGCGCUUCCUGCUGAGACGCACCGACUGGAGCUGCGCUUCCUGCUGCGGCCAGCGGGCGGCGAGCCGGUGCCAGGCGGUGCAGCAGGCUCUGGUCGCGGCGGCCAGCACGGGCCACGCCGAGAUCGUGUCGUACCUCCUGGACCUUCCGGAGGAAGACGAGGACGAGGAGGAGAGACCGGAGAUCAACACACCCGACAGUCUGUGGGGAGAGACGGCUCUGACGGCGGCGGCAGCAAGCGGCAGGCUGGCUAUCUGCCGCCUGCUGUUGGACCAGGGGGCUGCCGUCGAGCAAUGCAACAGGCGGGGCGCGGCCCCCCUCUUCAGCGCCGUGAGACGGGGCCACCUGCAGGUGGUGGAGCUCUUACUGAGCCGAGGGGUGGAGGUGAACAUGGCCGACCAGCAGGGUCGAACGGCCCUGAUGACAGCAGCCUCGGAGGGACACAUGAACACAGCCCAGCUGCUGCUGGAUCACGGAGCCUCUCUCGAACAGGCCGACAGGGAAGGCCUAACGCCGCUGAGCUGGGCGUGUCUGAAGGGCCAGCUCCCAUUGGUCAAAGAACUGGUGCAGCGAGGUGCAGCCACAACCCACGUCGACCGCAGCGGGCGGACACCUCUGGAUCUGGCUGCUUUCCGCGGGGACCCAGAAGUGGUGCAGCACCUGGUGGAGCACGGCGCGUCGGUGGAGCAUGUGGAUUCCAGCGGGAUGCGUCCCCUCGACCGGGCCGUCGGCUGCAGAAACACUUCAGCUGUGAUCGCUCUGCUCAAAAAGGGAGCCAAGAUAGGACCUGCGACAUGGGCCAUGGCAACCUCUAAACCCGACAUCCUAAUGGUUCUGCUCAGUAAACUGAUCCAAGAGGGAGACCGCCUCUACAAGCAAGGUGACGUGGAAGAAGCGGCUCACUCGUACCAGUCAGCUCUGCAGAAGUUCCCCGGGGACGAGCUGAAGACCUCCAGGCAGCUGAGGGUGUGCGUGCUGCUCAACCUGUCUCGCUGCCACCGCAAGAUGAACGAUUUUGGCCUCGCCGAGGAUUUUGCCACCAAGGCGCUCGAGCUGAAAGCUAAAUCCUACGAAGCCUUUUAUGCCCGGGCCCGUGCCAAGCGUGGACGCAGACAGUUCCACGCUGCCCUGGAGGACCUGAUUGACGCCAGCCGCCUGUGCCCCUCCAACCGGGAGAUCCAGCGCCUGCUGUCCCGGGUCAAGGAAGAGUGUCGGCAGGUUGCGCAACAACCAGACUCUUUACCUCCCUCGUCGAACCCUGCUUAUCAACAAAAUGCGUCCAUGUCCGUCAACGAGGCUAGGUGCAGAGACACAGGAUGUCUGCAGGUGCAAGACAGGGGGGGGCUUAACGAGGAGGAGGAGGAGGAGGAGGAGGAAGAGGAAGAUGAUGAGGAGAGUCAGAGGGAAGGAGAUGCUCAUCCUCACCCGUCUUCGUUGCAUCCUCCACCUGUGGUUCAAAAUCUCGACACCCACUGCUGCCCCGGCGGGCCGCCCCCCUCCUCCCUUUCCCCCACUCACCUGUACCGCCACCUCCCGAGCCCCGCACAUUCCCCCUCCUCCUCUUCCCCAAGUCACCCUGCUCCUCCUCCUCAGUCCACCUCCUACCACCAUUUCAUCCCACCACAGCGGCCCAGCCAAAUGUCAGAGAGUAUGCCUGCGUUGUCAGGGAAUGGAGGCCUGCAGUACCACUCACAUUCCGCCUCCGUCCACCACCACCCAGACCAGAUCCAGGGGGCGCAGCAGCAACACCACCAUCACCUGUCCAAUCAAAGGUCCUUCCAAAAGCAGAACCCCGUUCAAGGUCAGUGGCUCCAAGCAGCCAAAGUGCAGGUAGUCCGAAGCAGUCAGCCCAGUUCUGCGUCCCAUUCCAGCAUGGUUUUGGGAAGUUCUGCUUACUCCCAGUUUGGCCAUCUGCCACAAGAGCUGGCUGAGCUGGGGGAAGGCCUUUGCCCGAGCUUGGAUGUCAGGCCCAGCUUGCAGGUCCAGGCUGGUCUGAUAUCUGGAUCAUAUCCUGUGGACGAUGGAGACAUUGACUUUGUUUGCCAGGAAAGACUUGCAUCUGCCUACGGGAGAGAAGGAGGGGGGGAGCGGGCCGGGAUAAAUCGAUAUGGUCAGGCCCGUCACCUAAGUCGCAACCAGUCCAAGGCAGCCUACUAUCCGAUGGCAGUGACCGAGGCACCAAUGGGACCUCCUGAUAGCCUCCCAUCAUCCCACGAUUACCAAUACCACCAUCAGGGUGUACUGCAACGCCACUUCAAUGCCCACCCCAACCCCUCCCCCGCUGUUCCUCCAAGGGCUCUUGUCCACUCCCAGAGUAUCAGUGUCCGUUUCUCCUCCAGCAGUGCCAGCCUGGCUGUCGGGCAGCCACCCAAUCACGGACCAAGCUUCAAGACGUCUGGCUUCCGCCCAGCAAUGGAGGCCCCUUCAGAUCUGGGAUACGCGGGAGGCGUUACCAGCUACCACGACGACCUCUUUCUGAUCUCUCUCUCCAGUCUGAAACAUACAUGGCUAGGAGGGACUUAUCCCGGAGAAGCGGGCCGGUCCUCAAGGAACACUCCUUUUAUGUGUGUCAGCGACAGGACCGCGAGGGGUCAACAGCAGUACCAACAACAAGCUCCCUCCAGCUCCUGCCUCAGCCCUUCUCGCUCGUGGGCCGUGUCCUCGGUAGACACGGUCGUCACCUCGCCCAGCAAAACCCCUGCCAGUCAGGGAGGCUUCGGUCCCCCCCAACCAUCCUCCAUCGCCUACCAUAACCGCAGCAACAACAAUGCCCACAACGACAACCAGUACUAUCCUCAGGGUGAGGAUUCGGUGAAGGUUGCUAGUCAGAAUCCCUCUUACCUGGAUGUGAAGCUGGCCAGGACGCUGCCAGUGAUCCACAGUGACAGAAAGACGGGACCUACCUCUCCGGUGAAACCAAAAAGACCCUUCGUAGAGUCCAAUGUGUAGAGACAGGUUUAAAUGUUUAGUAAAGACCGGGGAGGAGGGUUAAUAAAGAGUGGUUAAUAAAUAACAAUAAAAGAGUGCACUUAAUGACUCUGUAUUGUUGAGAAGAGUUGGGGGAAAGUUUAACGUAAAGGAAUAUCUCGCAUUUUACAGGACAGUACAGUAAAUGAGGGGCUCUAGCCAUUACAUAGCACAAUGAGGGAAGGGGAGGAUUUGGGGGGAAGUGAAGUCUGAAAAAAGUCAUCAUUGAGCACAAAAUAGAAAUCCUUUCCUUGCUGAACAUAUCUGGCUGAAAAUACAUUUCAAAAUAGAAGUGACUGAAUGCCCACAAUGCGAGUUUCACAUCCUCGACUCGAGAGGACUACAUUCAGUCAGACAUGAGCCUUAAAUAAAGGGUUUUAUUUCAAGUUUGAAGCAUUGAAAGCAACUCAACACCUGAACACAGUCCAGGGUCCAGUUUUAAACCUGUGCCGCUAAGGUUACGGUCCCAAGCCGUAGUUUGAGGAGCCAAAAGGAUGCUGUCCUUGAAUAAGCACUGGCUUGCUGUAUAUAAAACAAAAACUAUGUGAUAUUUAUCUUUAUUAAGUUAUAUCUGUAUAAAUCUGUAUGAAUAUUGUUUCUCUUACUGUAUAUUCCUUUUGGAGUCAUUUAAAGGGUCUUUCACAUAAAACAUUGAUAUGUACAUUUUCUUCUCAAAGAGAUAAUAAAAGCAAAGUCAGUUCAGCUUUGCUCUGUUUUCGGUUUACAUUUUUUCCAAUAAAAUUCCUGAAGAAAGACA